CCUUUCCUAUCCCUUCAUCUUGUCAGACAGAUCUGGAGAUCUGGACGUGGCAGGGGUUGGGUCUCUUUCUUUCUUUUCCUUCCUCCCUUUCCUCCCUCUUGCUUUCCCUUCCUUCCCUUUCUCCCUCUCUUUCUUAAGAGUAGGGAAUGACAGAUGGUGGGCCCGCUUUCCCCAGGGAGCGAGAUCUCCCUCCACGCGAGCGCCUGUCAAUCAAGGCAGCUCAUGUGAUAACUCCAGCGGAUGACGUGCCAGCCAUAUGGUCUGGCAUCAGAGUUGGUACCCCCUCUGCCUUGCUCGAAGCGUGCCACUUCCCUCCUCCUUUUGGAUAAGACACUGAAGGAGACGGGGUUGAACCUCAAGGAGUCGUUUUCCCCCCUUCCUUUCUUCCCCCCCGUCAUCGUGGUUGUGGUUUUUUUGUUUUGUUUUGUGUUUUUUUUCCCUUUCCCCUCCUUACUCCCAAAAGAUGCGGGGUACGAGGACUUGAGGAUUCCUCCGCUCAGCUUUGGAGCCACCAUGUUGACGCGCCUCUUCAGCGAGCCCAGCCUGAUCCCCGACGUCCAGAAGUUCUCCGCCUGGGCCGAGGCCUGCGAGGACGACGAGGACGAGGACGACGAGGCCAGCGACAAGGAGGAGCCGCGGAAGAGCAAGAAUGAGAGCCAUGGCGACGCGGGAGGAGGAGGAGGUGACGGUGGAGGGGGCGACAUCAAGGAGGAGCACGACCUAGGCGGCGGGGGGGAGGACGACGAGGAGGAGGACGAGGAGGACGGCGGCCUGGAGGAGGCCGAAGGCGACCGCCCCAAGAAGCGGGGCCCCAAGAAGCGCAAGAUGACCAAGGCCCGCCUGGAGCGCUCCAAGGUGCGGCGGCAGAAGGCCAAUGCCCGCGAGCGGAACCGCAUGCACGACCUCAACGCCGCCCUGGACAACCUGCGCAAGGUGGUGCCCUGCUACUCCAAGACGCAGAAGCUCUCCAAGAUCGAGACGCUGCGCCUGGCCAAGAACUACAUCUGGGCGCUGUCGGAGAUCCUGCGCUCGGGCAAGCGGCCCGACCUGGUGGCCUACGUGCAGACGCUGUGCAAGGGCCUCUCGCAGCCCACCACCAACUUGGUGGCCGGCUGCCUCCAGCUCAACUCCAGGAACUUCCUCACCGAGCAGGGGCCCGACCUGGGCGGCAGGUACCACGGGGGGCCCGGCGGGGGCGGCGGGGGCUUCGGCGUGGGGCCCCACCACCCCUACGGCUACCCCUGCGCCCGGCUCUCCGGGGCCCAGUGCGGAGGGGCGGGCGGCGGCGGGUCCAGCAGCUCCCACGCGCUCCGGACUCACGCCUACUGCGCCGCCUCCUACGAGGCCCUCUACGGCGGCAACGCCUCGCCGGACUACAACAGCUCCGAGUACGAGGGCCCGCUCAGCCCGCCGCCGCCGCUCUGCGUCAACGGGAACUUCUCCCUCAAGCCGGACUCCUCGCCCGACCACGAGAAAAACUCCUACCACUACUCUAUGCACUACUCCGCCCUGCCCGGGGCGCGCCCCGCCGGACACAACUUGGUCUUCGGCGCCGCCGCUGCCGCCGCCGCCGGGAUGCGAGGCGGCCUCCACUCCGAGAACGUUUUGCCUUACGAGAUGCACCUCCACCACGAGCGGGGGCCCAUGUACGAGGAGCUCAACGCCUUCUUCCACAAUUAACGCCGCCGGCCCUCCUCCCCCGGACCCGUUUCUAGGCCCCACAGACACACGCACACACAGGCACACGCCAGAGCCAGGGGCACAGCUACUCCAGCCAGGCCAGCAGUCUUCAAAGCGCCCCAUCCGCACUGACCAGAUGAUUACAUAGGAAAUCCUGGAACUGUAGUUUGAGGCCUCGGUUAACUUCAUUUAUAUCCCGCCUUUCUCCCUGUGAGGGCUCUCAAGGCGGCUGGCAACCACACCAUCCAAUAACAGUGGGGUCUUGU